AUGGGGGUGGAGCAGGAACUGGAGGCUUCGGAGGUGGAGCAGGAACUGGAGGCUUCGGAGGCGGAGCAGGAACUAGAGGCUUGGAGGAAGUGGAAGCUUCUGGGGAGCAGGAAGUGGAAGCUUCGGGGUGGAGGAGGAAGUGGAGGCUUCGGGGGUGCAGCAAGUGGAAGCUCUGCCAGGGGAAGCUACCAACCUUCAGGUCCUGUAGUCCCCAUCCUGAGGGACGAGCGUCAGGGACCUGAUGAGUUCGGCAACUACAGCUUCGAGUUCGAGACUGGUGACGGCAUCAGUCGUCAUGAGCAGGGCGCCCCCCAGGGGGAGACUGGCGCCGUGGCGUCUCAGGGAGGAUGGUCGUUUACGUUCCCUGAUGGAACUCCAGCUGACUUCAACUUCGUAGCAGACGAGUACGGCUACCGCGUGGAGUCUGACCUGCUGCCCACGCCCCCGCCCCUCCCCGCCCACGCCAUCGCCCAGAUCGAGAAGGCUCGUCUGGAGGACGCCGCCGCGGCUGCUUCAGGUGGACGUGGAUCAUAUGGAGGGUCAGCUGGCGGAGGCUUCGGAGGCUCAACUGGUGGAGGCUUUGGAGGCUCAACUGGUGGAGGCCAUAGAGGUUCAACUGGUGGAGGCUUCGGAGGCUCAACUGGCGGAGGCUUCGGAGGUUCAACUGGUGGAGGCUUCGGAGGCUCAACUGGUGGAGGCUUCGGAGGCUCAACUGGUGGAGGCCAUAGAGGUUCAACUGGUGGAGGCUUCGGAGGCUCAACAGGCGGAGGUUUCGGAGGUUCAACUGGUGGAGGCUUUGGAGGUUCUACUGGCGGAGGCUUCGGAGGUUCAUCUGGUGGAGGCUUCGGAGGCUCAACUGGCGGAGGCUUUGGAAGUUCAACUGGUGGAGGCUUCGGAGGCUCAACUGGCGGAGGCUUCGGAGGCUCAACUGGUGGAGGCUUUGGAGGCUCUGGUGCGGCCAGCGCCCCUCGUCCUCAGACUCCGAGCAGAUUCUACGGCGCCCCUGGUCGUGAUGGUCUGGGCUGGUCGGGCGGGUAUAUAAGCCUCGGGUCACAUGAGAAACUCCACACUCCUCUCGAUUGUCUUUCAGGCCAACAUGAUCUCGAAGGCGGUGUUGUGUGCCUUGGUGGUGGUUUGUGGGGCCGCGAGCUCCAUCUACCUCUUUAUGGUACCAAGGAGAGGCAGCGGAGGUUCUUCUGUUGGAGGCUUCGGGGGUGGGGCAGGAAGUGGAGGCUUCGGGGGUGGAGCAGCAAGUGGGCUUCAGGGGUGGAGCAGCAAGUGGAGGCUUGGGGUGGGCAGGAAGUGGAGGCUUGGGGUGGAGCAGGAGGUGGAGGCUUGGGGUGGAGCAGGAAGUGGAAGCUUGGGGUGGAGCAGGAAGUGGAGGCUUCGGGGGUGGAGCAGGAGGUGGAGGCUGGGGUGGAGCAGGAAGUGGAAAGCUUCGGGGGUGGAGCGGAAGUGACUUUGGGGUGUAGCAGGAAGUGGAGGCUUGGGGUGCAGCAGGUGGAAGCUCUGCCAGGGGAAGCUACCAACCUCAGGUUUACGUUCCCUGAUGGAACUCCCGCUGACUUCAACUUCGUAGCAGACGAGUACGGCUACCGCGUGGAGUCUGACCUGCUGCCCACGCCCCGCCCCUCCCCGCCCACGCCAUCGCCCAGAUCGAGAAGGCUCGUCUGGAGGACGCCGCUGCGGCUGCUUCAAGUUGGACGUGGUCAUAUAGGCUCAACUGGCGGAGGCUUCGGAGGCUCGACUGGUGGAGGCUUCGGAGGCUCUGGUGGAAGUUUCGGAGGAUCAACUGGUGGGCUUUGGAGGAUCAACUGCUUCGGAGGCUCAACUGGUGGAGGCUUCGGAGGCUCAACUGGUGGAGGUUUCGGAGGAUCAACUGGUGGAGGUUUCGGAGGUUCUGGUGGAGACUUUGGGGGUGCAGGAGCGGGCAGCGCCCCUCGUCCUCAGGCUCCCAGCAGGACUUAG